UCUUUAAUUUAUCUAACAGAAGGUAGGCAGAUUUAAUCUUUGGUUUGAUCUUUACUCGACGAGGCGCAUGUUAAAGCAAGGGGAAGAAGAUCUGUGGCAUCAUUACCUCAGGUGAUAUGGGAUACGAAGCGAAUGGAUAUAGAAAAAGUGUUGAUAAAAAUACUCCAAUAAAAAUGAACGGACGAAUAAACUCUGGUGAAGUUCCACGUUCGAAAGUUGUUAUAGUCGGUGAUGGAGGAAGUGGGAAAACGUCUUUACUAAUUGUUUUCACGCAGGGAGAGUUUCCAGAGGAAUACGUACCGACGGUUUUUGAGAACUACACAGCAGAAACAAAAGUCGAAGAUCAACGAGUGCAUUUACUACUAUGGGAUACAGCAGGCCAAGAAGACUACGAUCGUCUGCGACCUCUUUCAUAUGACCGUGCUGACGUAAUCAUAAUGUGUUAUGACGUUAUGAGCAUUUCAAGUUUUGAAAAUAUUUCUAUUCGAUGGGCUCCAGAAAUACGUCAUUUUUGUCCUGGCGUUCCCGCAAUUCUCGUAGGUUGUAAGACAGACUUAAGACGUGACGUAGAUUUGGAGCAGAGCUUAAAACAACAGGGCAGAGAAAUCAUAACGACUGAAAAAGGGCAGAAGCUUGCAAAAGAUAUCGGAGUUAAUAACUUUCUGGAAUGUUCAGCAAAAACGACAGACAAUGUCGAUAACGUUUUUCGAGUUGUGUCAAGACUUGCGGUCGGACUUGACACGAACAAUAACUCUGGGAAAUCUCCUGUUCUAUUCAAUAAUUGCUCCAAUUGUAAUAUAUUAUGAAGAUGCGGGAAGAUCAGAUGCGAUGUAGCGUACUUGCUAUAAAACAUGCCUAUAAUUACCGUUCACACUUAAGCCGGGCUUCGAAAUAUUUAGGGUCUGGAUUGAACUGAAUUGUAAAAGCUUUUAAAGCAGAAUCAAUAUGUAUGCCAAGAUGCCAAGAAAUGAAACAAACCCCAAAAUAAAUAAUUCUGAAAAUAAUGAGCUGUAUAGAAGGAGAGAGCAAAAUAAAGCAACGACACCUAACAGAAUAUAUUUAUCCAUUCAUAUAGAAAAUUAAAUUGAAAAACAAUUAGAUGUUUCACGGCCCUUCGAUAUCUGUUGCGUUAGUACCAGCCCCAUUCUUAUUGCGAUGGACAAUAAAACCAUUGUUACAAGCUAUAAUAAUAAUAAAAAAGAUAUAAUUGAAGUCGAAAUACUUUGCUGCGGUAACGACUGAAUGUUCCUAUCGCGUUUUAGAAAAUUUGACAUCACACUUUUUCAUUUUUACAUCUAGUACACUGUUGAAAAGUCGUGAAAAAAAUAAUUAAACACGAGUUUUCUUAUCAAUAAGUACUGGUCGUUUGGCUAAAAUCCACCUGCUUCUCUCUAUUCAAGUAUAACGCUUAAUAUAAUCAUAAAAGUGACCAGUGUCAUUUACCCGUGACCAGUGAUACUUACUGAUAAAUGACAUCAUAUUCAAUUAUUUUUUGCAGUGCACUAGAACUGAAUUUCGCAAUUGUAUUGAUUUUGUCUAUUUUCAGUUUUAUAUAAGUUCUUAGGAAAACGGUUUCGAUUUCUAACACGACUGUUUAAUUGAUCUUGAGUCUAAAUGCUUAACGUUCAUACGAGCUGUUGAUUGCAAUUUUUCAUAGGCUGUAUAUGUAUAUAAAACUCUUCAGGUACACACGUAUAUAUUGAUCAGUUGUACUGAUUGUGUCAGUGUCGGGAUACAAAGACAGACUGAUGCUCGCACAAUUGCUUGCUGAUGAAGUUUCUUACUUUAAAUAAUAAAUUCGUUUCUAUUUAAGUAGUACAAUGUACCAUGAGUUGGAUAUUAAAUCCUAAUACAAUAUUAAACAAUAGUCGACCCUUGCCAUUGAAUAUAAAUAUGUCUGCAAUUUCGUGUUUUGUGCAUUCAUCGAAAUUAUUCUGCAAUAUUUUUUAAGACUCGCAUUACAUUCACAUAACCAGGGACGAAUAAAUGAAAAACUGUAUAGUUUUAUACGAUCCUGUAUUUAAAUCUUAUACUCAGUUGGUUGGUUAGUUGUGUGAACAUGCUUAUGAUAAUUUGCAACUGCUAUAUUUUGGAGAUUUUCUCAGUUCACUCAGUGAUUUAUAACAUUUUUUAACAGAAAAAUCACGUUUUAAAUAGCUGAGCGACUAAGUCCCACGACUAUAUUGGAAUAUCAAACAGACUGUCCAAUUUAUCAAAUUUGAAAACACAGUUCACAGAUAUUUUGAUCGAAUAUAAAUUCUUGGCAGUAAUUAAAAUCUGUUUAGAUCGGUAGUAAAUUUAAAACACGUGUCCAUUUGAUAACGCGGCUAACGGUUCAACUAGAAAAAAGUUUAUUAAAAUCAAUGUUUUAAUAUUUGAAAAUUACAAUAUUUUGAUUGGAAAUUUGGCCGUAAAAAGUACAAAUCCGUUUUGUAUAUCAUAAGAAUUAAAAUUGGUCUUUAUUCUGCUUUUUCUCUCUUCCAUGCAUUUUAACUACUAUUGUAUUUAUAAAUGGCAGUCUGCAAUUUAUUUUGAGUUCUAUUUCUUCUAUUUAUGUUCCAAAUAAACUAUCAUUACAAUAACGCCAUGCAAUUUUUACGUUGUGGCUUAUAUUGUAAUGUCACUGCUAA